GGUGAAGGCGAGGGGGUGAGCGGGGGACCGGAGCGGGCGGCGGUGGCCGCCGCGCCUCCCCAUGGCGAAGAAAACCUACGACCUGCUCUUCAAGCUGCUCCUCAUCGGGGACUCGGGGGUCGGCAAGACCUGCGUGCUCUUCCGCUUCUCCGACGAUGCCUUCAACACCACCUUCAUCUCCACCAUCGGGAUAGACUUCAAGAUUAAAACCGUUGAAUUACAAGGAAAGAAGAUCAAGCUACAGAUAUGGGACACAGCAGGGCAGGAACGAUUUCACACCAUCACCACCUCCUAUUACAGAGGUGCCAUGGGAAUCAUGCUAGUAUAUGACAUCACCAAUGCCAAGAGCUUUGAAAACAUCAGCAAGUGGCUCAGAAACAUAGAUGAGCAUGCCAAUGAGGAUGUGGAGAGGAUGCUGUUAGGAAACAAGUGUGACAUGGAAGAUAAAAGAGUUGUCCCUAAAGCAAAAGGCGAACAGAUUGCUAGGGAGCAUGGUAUUAGGUUUUUCGAAACUAGUGCAAAAGCAAAUAUAAACAUUGAGAAGGCAUUCCUCACAUUAGCAGAAGACAUUCUCCGAAAGACCCCCGUAAAAGAGCCCAACAGUGAAAAUGUAGAUAUCAGCAGUGGAGGUGGGGUGACGGGCUGGAAGAGCAAGUGUUGCUGAACGUUCUCCUAUAUCACCAAUCGCCAUCCACCGCCCCUUUUUUCUCGCUGCAAAACAAACCACUCUGCCCAUUUUUUAACCUUAAACCAAUGUUUUGUUCCUCAUCUUAACGAGCUCCUGUCUCCCUUUGGUUUUCCAUUUAGGACAGCUUGCGUACUCUAAUUUCCUCAACAACAUUUAUAGGAAAAUCAUCCCCGUGACUUCAUUUUUUAAUGUACCUGCUCCACUUACCACUACGUUUUGGUUGUAUUAUAGUCCCGUUCCUCCUGACAUUAAAACAUAUAGCAAUCAUAUUCAACUCUAUUCUGCAAAUUGUAUAAGAAUAAAAGUUAGAAUUAACAAUUUAUUUUGUACAACAGUGGAAUUUUCUGUCAUGGAUAAUGUGCUUGAGUCACCGUAUUCUCUAGAUGCAUCAGCCAGAGAGCCAGGAACACUCUCGUUUUCGCCUUGAGUCUGUGAAUGGGGUUUGUUUUGUCCUGUGCCUUAUGUGGAAAGGAACUUUUAGUUUCACUUUCUUUUCUUUUCUUCUGGUGGAAGCAUGUGCAGGAGACGUACCAUCCAUACUUGACCAUUUUAAAAUACCGAACUCUUUUGUGAUUGCUUUCUGUAAUUGUUGAUGUAAUGCAUCGAGGACAAAGGGUGGUGCAAAAACAAAACACAAAUGACAUUUAAUCUGCUGUGUCUCCUUUUUGGUGAUCUAGCCAUUCAAAUGUUCCUGCUGCCAUUUUUUUUUCCUCACUUGCGGCUCUUUCCUUUUGCCUGCAUGCUGCUUUUAUUUGCAUUUCUUCAUGGUGUGAUGUGUUAAUUAAAAGGAUGGCAACGUGGUAUGUUUGCCAAAAAUUUAAUACAAAGCACUGAUUUAGCUUUCAAGGUUAAAAAUGUCGAAGAUACCUACUAAUUUCCCUCUAGGCAAUGUCAGUCCACUAGUAUAUCUUCUCUCUCCUCCUGCAUAGCCGUUGGGUUUUAUGAUAUGGAAGAGUUCUUUGCAUGCACUAGUUUUCUAUGGAGGGUGAUGUGGUUGUCUACUUUAUGUGUAUGAAUAUAACAUGCAGUUCCCAAACUGACAGCAGUUAACACGAACUUUUAAGUUCUCUCUUCCCGUUAGUCGCUCGGGUGAGUUGGUCUGUAACCUCGCCAAAGGCAGAGUGAAACUAGAUUUAAAAAGAAAGGGGAAAGAAACCCAAAAGUUGGCAGUUUAAUUUAUUACCUCCCUGAAAACUUUCCAUUUUCCAGUGUUAAAAGCUGAGUCAUUGGUACUUGGGUUGGUCUGGCUCUUGAUCCAUGCUUUGGGAAUGCAGGGGGAGGAUCCCACUGGGGCUGUGGAGCCCCACUGGGAUUCACUGGCUUUUCCAGCUUGCCUUCUUGCUUUGCUCAGGCUCCAGUGUCACUGACGAUGUGGCCUCAUCCUUUUUGAAGGGGAAGGGGGUUAAGGACUGAUGGUCCAAUGCUGUCGCUUGCUCCUUCCAGACUGGGUGCUGGGUCUGCCAGCAUUGUCUGUAUGUUCCCCUGCUUUAAAACACCACUCAGGAGAGCUGAGGACAAAGAGGUGUUUUAAAUUGAAGCUUCUCCUUUAAAGCUGGGCAAGCUCGUGCUUCACUCUUGUCCAGUCAGGUCUUGGACUGUCUCUGGUAAAUAAUUAAAGUAGUAAAUAGCUCUGACUUACUUUUAACGAAGUGAUGGUGUUUUAACAUUGAAUUGCUAGUUUCUGAUCGGCUUCCCUUGUGGUCACUCGACCGAGGUGUCUCCUUUUCCUCUGUAUUUUGGCAUUUUGUCUCUGUGUGUGUUAACCCUUCCCAGCUGAGUGGCUGUUGGGGUCAUGCAGGAUGCUGGGAUAAAUCAGCACUGUGGUGCUUCUUGCGUCCCGGCAUUGUAAAUAGAGUACGGCUGCCUUUUGGCUAAACCUGCACUUUCUAACGUGAUCAAAAAGGGAAAAAUGGAGAGCUGUACAUCUAGGGUCUUGUGUAUAAUCCUUGUUUUAAACGUGAGCUUUUUAUUUGCUUCCAGGGGCUUGGCUCCCUCUUGUGUAAGUCCCGCGGGAUACCUGUAGACACUGUGUUCAUUGCAAGCCAGCAGGUAGAGAGCAGGCCACUCGCUGGUACUACCAGCUCCCCCCUCCAUUUCCUGUUCCCCUUUUCCAGUUAAUAAACUGAAAUAUUUCUAGAUGGUCUAGUUCUGUUCGUAUGAAAACUGUUGAGUUUUAACUGUGGGGCUUGGCCUCGUGUUGUGUUGUGGGGUGCAAGGCCCAGCCGAGGACAAGUGAGCAGCAAGAGGGGAUGCAGGUGCUGAAAGAUUACAAAUAAUAAUAAUAAUCAUGUUGGAGGAUUUUGCAGUAACUUUAUAUCUGCUGGUAUCUAAAAUUCCUGCUAGUUAGAGAAAUAACUGCUUGGGGAACCUCUGCUUGGAAGACCCCCCCUCCCCAGCCCUGAGCGUGGAAUGAAGCCGAAGCCCAGCCUGGAAAAGGACCGAAAGUAGUUUUCCCUGCUCCAGCCUCCCCGGCUUUAGCCAGGCCAAGCUGCCGGAGGAAGACUCAGCGCUACCUUUAUGUCAUGGCAAAUAAAGCAAAAAUCAUGUAACUUAAUUAAAUUGGUCAUGAUAACCUAAAAGCCGAGGUUGAAUCUAUCCUACAAGCGUCUCGGCCACUCUCUGUCCCGUGCCGUGCUGGUGCGGGGCAGGGGUGGAAGCGGUGCUUUGUGCUCUCCGACUCGGACGGUGGAAAAAACAGCAUCAACUUAAGGUCUAGGAUUAAUUCCCAUGCCUACAAUUUUUUACUUAAUCUUUUAAUAUUUUUGCUACUCCACUCUGGCUUUUUAUUUAAAACACAUUCUUUUGUACCACUUACUGUAUCAAAUUGUAUAAAAGAUCACUGUCCCAUUCUUGGUCAUACCAAGAGCAAAUAAAAGCUUUUAUAAACUUG